GCUUACCCCUCACAAAGAUGGCAGCUCAAGUCUCUUCCCGGAGAACGGGUCCAUACGUGUCCCUUAACAGAAAGGGGCCGUGCGCAUGCGCAUUCGGGGCAAAGCGAAGGAAGAUGGUUAAGAAGCGAGAGGGGCUGAGCGUCGCUCAAGAGAUUGAUGGCCUGGAGGAGAAGCUGUCCCUCUGCAGACAAAGCAUGGAGGAGGUGGACCUUAAGCUGCUCAGAGAGGAGCUCAGUCCUGAAGGAAGAAAGUCACUGGAGAGAGAGAGAAGCCUGCUUGUGACCAAAGCUGAAACCUAUGAGAGAGAACUAAAAGUGCUCCGUCAGGAAAAUCGCAAGAACGCGGCCAUUGCAAUGGCCAUAGUACUGUUGAUUAUUGUUGUUUACACCUGCUGGACAAUGUAGUCAUGGUUCAGAACUCUCACUACUGACCACAGGGCUCCACUGCAAAGACCUCUUCCUUCUCCAGCUGAUGUGCCUCCCACCCAGGGGCUGGUCAGCUUUUCAGACCAUUAGGCACCUGCAGUCUUCAUGGCCUGGACAGCCUUCUCUCUGGCAGCUGAGGAUCUUGAAGGCAACGGGAAGCUACAGACACAGCACAAGUGGGUUUGGAGAGCAGACUGAAGUUCAGCUGGAGCCAUCUCCUCCACAUACUGUCCUGGGGGGCCCAUGGAACAGAGACUGCAAAUUAAUGUCACGGGGAUGAAUGCCUCAAGUUCCCCUUUUCCUAGUGGGCCUUCUCUGUUCCUUGCUGCUCACUACAAGGUUUUGGAGCCUGAAAUCCUCUCUGCUCAGCCCAGGCAGAACCUGGGAAAGCUUCCCUCUUACUGUGGUCCCUUCAGCUCAGGGUUGAGGCAAUCUCUAGAGCUCAAAGGGGGAGUUCAGUCAUUGUGCCCCUCUCCUGUGAUUGCCAAAAAUCCCCAUGUGUAGUAGUGCCAGUUAUAGGGACACUUUUUUCAAAAUAGCUUCCCGCUAACCUGGAGGGGGCCAGAGGAGUCACUACCUGAAAAUGGGGUCUUUGGGGUGGUGUUUUCCUGCCACUCAGCCAAAUGAACUAAGAGGGCAGGAAGACAAUAGCAGUUCCUAAACCCUGGGUAUUGGUGUAUGUCUAUGUACAGCCCCGCCAGGCAGGGCCCAGCAAAGGGAACUGCAGUCUCAGACGGAUAGUUCUGGGACACCAAGGAUUAAAACUCACUGGCUUAAUGGCGGGGCGCUCUGAACUCAGGGCUGAAGCUGUAUUGUUUUUUAAAUAAAGUCAUUUGAACAUA